AUUCCGAGUGUCAGUGUCACCAGUAAAGGGAGCGAAUGUAAUACUUUUCUUCUCAUGGCUGCUUCAAAUGAAUCUGACCACCUUCUUUUUGCACGCACCGACAUAGGUAAUUAAUGCUAAUUAAGUGGGAUCGAAAAGGUAAAGAGGAGAGAGAGAAGAAAUAAAAUGGAGAGCUCCGGUGUAGUGUCAACCACAACUCCGACGUCUUUCAGGCUCCGAUGGGACGUGUUCCUCAGUUUCAGAGGCGAAGAUACUCGUCACGGUAUCACCAACACCCUGUAUUGCUCGCUUGUGGGAGAAGGCUUGCGAGUCUUUCGAGAUGAUGACGCUUUGAGACGUGGAGACGAGAUCGCACCGAGUUUGGUGGAAGCCAUCGAAGACUCGGCUGCUUUCGUUGUCAUUCUCUCUGAAAAUUACGCUACCUCCCAUUGGUGCCUUGAAGAAUUGGCGAGGAUCUGCGAGUUGCAUAGCCGGAGCCGGAGACUGGUUCUGCCUGUGUUCUAUGGGGUUGACCCCUCUCAUGUUCGAAAACAGAGGGGACCUUUUAAGGAAGCCUUCUUUAGCCACGAAAACAGAUUCGGAGAAAAACAGGCCAACAGAUGGAGGGAAGCCAUGGCCAAAGUUGGCUCCCUUGUUGGUUUUGUUAAAAGGUUGGUUGGCAGUGAUGAAAGGGAAUUGAUUCGGGUUCUGCUGAGAGAAGUUCUGCAACAAGUGAAUAAUACUCCUGUGGAAGUAGCAACCUACGCAGUUGGACUGGAUACGCGGGUGACAGAGCUAAUAAAUCUCUUAGACGUGAAGUCCAGUGGCAUUAAAGUUGUGGGGCUUCAUGGGAUUGGCGGGAUUGGGAAGACAACCCUUGCCAAGGCUGUCUUUAACAAGAUACUCGUACACUUUGACCACCGCAGCUUUAUCUCAAAUGUCAGAGAACUUUCAAAACAAGGAGACGGUUUAGUAUCUCUCCAGAAAAAACUCAUUGGUGAUCUCUUCGGUUCCACUGGUAAUUUUCAUCUUCCUGCGGAUGAAUUCGAUGCUAAUGCCUCGAGAAUCAGAAAGAUUAUUAAUGAAAAUAUUAAUGAAAAAAGGGUUCUAAUUGUCCUGGAUGAUGUCGACCAAGAAAACCAACUGAAUGCACUAGGACUAGGUGCAAGAGUCAAAUGGCAAAAUGAUGGCAGUAUUCGGAUCAUUAUUACAACAAGAAAUAAAGGAGUUUUAAAUGAAUGUUAUGUAAAUCGGACUUACGAGGUCAGGGAAUUGCAUUUUGAUCAAGCACUAGAACUUUUCAGCUAUCAUGCGCUCAGAAGAGAGAAACCAACAAAAGAGUUUGAGAAAUUGUCCAAGCAACUUGUAGCUCUCACUGGAAAUUUACCUUUGGCUUUGGAAGUGUUCGGUUCGUUUUUGUUGGACAAGAGGAAGGUAACAGAAUGGGAAGAUGCUUUGAACAAGUUGAGAGAUGUUCGUCCACACGAGCUUCAAGAUGUGCUGAAGAUAAGCUUCGAUGCGCUAGACAGAGAAAAUCAAUGCAUAUUCCUAGAUGUAGCCUGCUGUUUUCUCGAUUUGCAUACCAAGAGAGAGGACAUAAUUGAUGUAUUGAGAGGAUGUGGUUUCAAAGCUGAAAUAGGGUUAAGAGUUCUUGAGGAAAAAUCACUGAUUAAGUUCACUGAGGGCGAUGCUCUUUGGAUGCAUGAUCAACUUAGGGACAUGGGAAAAGAGAUUGUGCAAAAUGAAAAUGACGAUCCUGGAAUGCGCAGCAGGCUCUGGGAUCGAAACCAAAUCAUGACUGUCCUGCAAAAUCACAAGGGAACAAGAAGCAUUGAGGGUAUUGUAAUGGACAUGAAGAAAGUCGAGAAUGGGAAUCAGGUGGUAGUCCAUACAAAACCAUUUAAAUCAAUGGUUAAUCUAAGAUUGCUUCAGGUGAAUCAUGUGAAACUGGAAGGAAAGUUUAAAUUUGUUCCUCAUGAACUCAAGUGGCUUCAAUGGCAAGGAUGUGCAUUGAAAACUCUUCCUUCUGAUUUUUGUCCUCAAAAGCUUGCUGUCCUUGAUCUCUCAGAAAGCAAAAUCGAAAAGCUAUGGAGCUCUUACUCUAACAAUGUAAUGACAUAUCGUUUUAGAUAUACGCACUGUCUACUUUCUUCUGCUUGUAACAUUGUUCUCGCGUAUUGUGUAAAACUGAUAAACAUUGACAAGUCAGUUGGUACUUUAAUUUCCUUGCACCACUUGGAUAUGACAGGCUGUUUAAACCUUGUUGAAUUUCCAAGUGAUGUCUCAGGGAUGAAAAACCUUCAAACCCUUGUCCUCACCGAUUGCUCCAAUUUGAAGGAAUUACCCGAGGACAUAGGCAGCAUGAGGUCACUCAAAGAACUAUAUGUUAAUCGAACUGGCAUUGAGAAGCUGCCAGACUCUAUUUACCGUCUCGAGAAACUUGAAAAACUGAGCCUAAAUCGUUGCAUACAUAUCAAACAGUUGCCAAGAUGUGUAGGAAAGCUAGCUUCUCUCAAGGAACUUCAUCUUGAUGGAUCUGGAUUACAAGAAUUGCCUGAUUCUGUUGGAUAUUUGGAGAACCUGGAGAAAUUAAGUUUAAUAUCUUGCGAAUCAUUGACUGCAAUUCCUGAUACUGUUGGCAAUCUCAACUUAUUGAAAGAGUUGUUCAUAAAGGGUAGAGCAAUCACAGAGUUGCCAAAUUCUAUCUGUUCUUUAUCAUAUCUCAAGUGCUUGUAUGUUGGAGGCAUACAGAUGCGGAAAUUGCCAGACUCAAUUCGAGGACUGGUUUCUUCAGUGGAACUUGAAAUAGAAGGCACAUCAAUUACGUGUCUCCCAAGUCAGAUUGGUGAUUUGAGAUUACUUAAGAAGCUUGUGAUAUUUAAUUGCACUUCACUUGAAUCUCUGCCAGAUUCAACUGGGGCUUGUUUGCUCUCACUUCUAUCAACAUAUGCAACGCCAGUAUUACUGAGUUGCCAGAGUCUUUUGGGAUGUUGGAAAAUCUCAUCACGUUAA